AGAUCCCAAUGAUCAGUAUCUUCCAGUUUCUUUUGUUGUAGUUGAGAGUGAGACAAAAGACACCUAGAGUUGGUUUAUGAAGUUAUUAUUAGAGGACAUUAGAGAUGGAAGAUGGUGUGCUUCAUAUCUGAUCAACAAAAGGGCCUGGUGCAAGUAUUUGAAGAAGAGUACCCAUCUUAUGAACACAGAUUCUGUUUGAGACACUUAUAUGCAAACUUCAAAAAGAAGUUUGAAGGAGGUACCUUGUUCAGAGAUUUGAUGAUGGCAGCUGCUAAGGCUACCUAUUUUGAGGCACAUGAAGCAAAUAUGCUAAUGAUCAAGGAGGCAAAAUUGGAAGCUUAUGAAUGGUUAGAGGCAAUUCCCAAGAACAAAUGGUGUAAGCAUGCUUUCCCCUUUUUCUCAAAAUGUGAUGUCUUGAUGAACAAUUUAAGUGAGUCUUUUAAUGCCACCAUAUUACUUCAAAGGGACAAGUCAAUAAUUACAAUGCUAGAGUGGAUUAGGAAUUAUAUGAUGGGUAGGUUUGCAACCCUUAGAGAAAAAGUGGAAGGAUAUAAGAGACAAAUAAUGUCCAAACCAUUGAAAAGGCUAGAUAGAGAGAUUGAGAAGAGUGCAAGUUGGUUAGCCACAUAUGCUGGUAGAUUAUCUUUUCAAGUUACACAUGUACUUUUUAGUGAGAGCUAUGUUGUUGACCUAGAAAAACAUACUUGUAGUUGCAAUUUUUGGGAUCUUUUUGGUAUACCAUGCAGACAUGCAGUGGCAGCAAUAUAUAGGAAGGUGGAUGAUCAUGUGUCAUAUGUAAAUAAGUGCUACCAUAAGAGCACAUAUGAGGCAUGCUACAGUGAGAUAAUCACCCCACUGAAUGGGCAUAAUAAAUGGCCCAGAACAAACAAUCCAAACAUGUUUCCACCACUCUAUAAAUGUGGUGCAGGUAGGCCAAAGAAGCUACGUAGGAGAGAGCCUGAUGAAGCUAACCAGAAUAAGUGGCAAAGGACAAAUACUAGCCAUAGAUGCAAGGUUUAUUUUCAGUUAGGCCACAACAAGAGGACCUGCAAAAAAAUGCCCAAAUUGUUGUUGUAUACAGGCCCACACAGGCCAGUCAAACUGCUGAAGAUGUUCCACCUGCUGAAGGUGUUCCACAUGCUGAAAAUGUGCCCACACAGGCCAGCCAAACUCAUCAAGCUACUAAUGCAGCUAAGAAAAAGGUAUCCCAAGAAGGUCAAGGCAAAGAAACCAAAAAACCCAACAUCUAAUGGAGCUGGACCAAGUGGGACCAAGUCUCCACCUAUUGAUAAGUUUGCUGAAUGGGAUGCUUCCACACUUGAGGUCUUGUUGGAUUGGGAAGACAUACUAAACAUUCAGCCUUUGCGUGUGGACACUACACCAGUGGAGAAUGAACCUAAUGUGAAUGAAAAAGCCAAUGCAGAAGUGGAGCAGGACACUACACCAAUGGAGCAAGAACCUCAUGUGAAUGAAAAAGCCAAUACAGAAGUGGAGCAGGACACUACACCAGUGGAGCAAGAACCUGAAACAAUUGAGAAAGAAAAAGACAAUGCACCAGUGGAGCAUGACACUACACCUGUUGAGCCUGAACUUGAAACCAAUGAGAAAGAAAUAGACAGUGCCCCAAGUGAGAAGGACAGUGCACCAAUAGCUGCUAAGCCUAGGUCUGGACCAAGAAUUUUCUUUGGUCAAGCACCUAAAAGGGCCAAAAUCCAGACCAAGCCAAUUAAAGAGAAACCAAAACAAGUUCAAACCAAGCCCAGAAAAAGUAACACUGAUAUGCAGGUACCAAAAAGGACUAGUGACCGGUUGAGGAGCCUGAAGACAAGGGAUAUUACAGGACCUGGAAAAAGAUCAGAUGACCCUUUGGUGAUCCCUGAUGAAGGUGAUGCAAGUGAGGAUUCAACUUGUCAUGCAAUCAAGACAAAGAAAUGGGAUGACAUUUAUAAAGGAUUGACUCAGUGA